AUGUCGAGUAACAAUAAUUCAUUCACGAGCACCGCCUGCUCCGUGCUCAUCAUCGGUGGAGGAAAUGCAGGUUUUUGUGCCGCGCUGGCCGCUUCUCAAAAGACAUCUGGUCGUGUCCUGCUGAUAGAUGCAUGUCCUCCUUCUUGGGCAGGCGGCAAUACAUAUUUUACUGCAGGAGCAUUUCGUACCGCGCAUGGUGGGUUAGAUGAUCUAUUGCAUUUGCUUUCGAAUGUUGAUAGUGAGACUGCAAAGACGAUUGACCUUGCCGCGUACCCUGAGGAAGAGUUUCUUCGGGAUCUAGAUAGAGUGACUAGAGGUCAGUAUGAUAAGGAGCUGGGCAGGGAAUUGGUUGAGGAGAGUAAUGGGGUGGUGAAAUGGUUGGCCUCCCAGGGAUUGAUAUUCGAAUUGAGCUUUAAUCGGCAGGCUUACAAAGUGGAUGGUCGUUACAAAUUCUUUGGUGGAAUAUGUUUGAAGACAAAAGAUGGCGGUGCUGGUCUUGUUGACUUUCACCAAAAGGCAGCCAAAUCACAUGGAAUAGAAGUCUUAUAUUCCACACCUGCGAGAUCAAUCUCUAAAAAUACCGAAACAGGACAUAUCACCGUCACCGCGGAGCAAGAAGGCGAAUCUUUCACCAUCCAGACAAAAUCCAUCGUCCUAGCAGCAGGCGGAUUCGAAUCCUCAACAACACUUCGAAGCCAACACAUGGGGUCCCAUUGGGAAAAAGCCCACGUCCGAGGCACUCCAUACAACAAAGGCGAAGUCCUCUCCCUAGCACUCGACCAACUCAAAGCCAAACCUACAGGCGACUGGGGCGGGUGUCACGCCGUAGCCUGGGACGCCAACGCGCCCAAAGAUUGUGGAGAUAGACAAGUUUCAAACGAAUUCACGAAAUCUGGAUAUCCCCUUGGAAUUACACUGAACAUCCACGGCCUGAGAUUUUUUGAUGAAGGUAGUGAUCUGCGGAAUUACACUUAUGCCAAAUUCGGGAGGGCGAUCUUGGCGCAGCCUGAGGGAGAGGCAUUUCAGAUUUGGGACCAAAAGGGGGUAAAGUGGCUCAGGAGUGAGGAAUAUAGGGAUGGUGUUGUGGAGAAAAUUCACGGUGAUACGAUGGAAGAGUUGGCUGGGAAACUACUUGCCAAGGGGCUGAAAGACAAAGAGGCCUUCAUUCGAACUGUAGAGGGAUACAACAACUCCGUCUACGCCCAUCGCAACGAACAUCCAGACGCAAAAUGGGACCCCGCUAUCCUUGACACCCUCUCAACACAAUCCUCCACCUCGACCCUGGAAAUCCCUAAAUCCAACUGGGCGCUCCCCCUAGACAAAGCUCCUUUCAUGGCAGUCAAAGUCGGCUGCGGCGUCACGUUUACGUUUGGUGGUUUGGCCAUUGAUCCUAAGACUGCCGGGGUGAUAUCAGCGGAAGACGGAAGCGUUAUUCCCGGAGUAUUCUGUGCGGGGGAGAUGGUUGGCGGUUUGUUUUAUGAAAACUAUCCGGGCGGGAGCGGGUUGACUUCUGGUGCUGUUUUUGGGAGGAAGGCGGGGAUUGGGGCUGCUGUUUUUGCGGAGGAAAAAGGACUGUGA